UACGGGAUGCCAAACAUCCGGGAGCUUAGUUUCUCUCUAGGUAUGUCGGUCAAAUUGGAAAACAUUGUGACUCGGGAUGCCUUCAAGGACGCGCUGGUUUCGGAUUUAGGGAAGUUGACAGUCAUUCAUUUUUGGGCUCCCUGGUCUGAGCCAUCAAAACACAUGAAUGAAGUAAUGAUGGAGUUGGCGAAAGAACACAGCAAAGUCAAGUUCUUUAAGGUAGAGGCAGAAGCAUUACCAGACAUCACUGUGAAAUAUGAAGUGCUUGCUGUUCCUGCAUUUCUUCUGUUCAAGGAUGGUCAAGUUAUUGAUCGAGUCAAUGGAGCCAAUGCACCUGAAUUGACAAAGAAAGUGACACAACACGCUCAUACCUCUUUCUCUCAGCCAGUGGUAGUUAGUGAAACUGAGGAUUUAAAUGUUAGGUUGAAGAAGCUGGUUGAUGCAUCUAAGUGCAUUGUCUUUAUGAAAGGAACUCCUGUUGAGCCACGAUGUGGUUUCAGUAGACGAAUUGUUGAAUUGCUGAACAAGUGUGAUGCUGAUUUUAGCUCAUUCAAUGUACUGGCUGAUCAAGAAGUUCGUGAAGGUAUUAAAGAGUUUUCCGAGUGGCCUACAUUUCCACAGUUGUUUAUCGAUGGUGCUUUGGUGGGAGGACUGGACAUUGCUGUAGAAAUGGCUGAAAGUGGAGAAUUGCAAGCGAUGCUUCCAAAGAAGAUUUCUUUAGAGGAUAGAUUGAAACAGCUAAUUGAUUGCUUUAAGGUUAUGGUGUUCAUGAAGGGAUCAAAACAGGAGCCACGUUGUGGAUUCAGCAAAGCAGUGUGUGCUCUCUUGGAUGAAACAGGUGUUGAGUACAAGACAUUUAACAUCUUAGAAGAUAAUGAUGUACGUGAAGGCCUUAAGAAAUUUUCAAAUUGGCCCACAUACCCGCAAGUGUAUGUUGAUGGAGAACUAGUGGGAGGGUUUGACAUUAUUAAGGAAUUAAAAGAAAAUGGAGAGCUGUUGUCUACCUUACAUACUCAGUGACACUGUUGACACAAACAUGUGUUCGUUAUAAACUCCCUUCUAGAAAGGUGGUGCGAAGGGCAUGUAAAAUAGCAUGCAAGUUUCAUCAAUUUGAAACAGUAGCUGAGUUUCCUUGAACUGCUGUAAUUUGUGAAAUGUCAAAACUUUUACCAGAGCCACACAUGCAUCUUUAUUGCUUUUGCCACCUGUCACUUGCAUUUGUAAGUACAAUACCAGUAAAGCCCCUCACUUGAUCGUGUUGAAUGGUUGGACAGCAACAUGUGAGAAGAAGAUAGUAUAUGAAUGAACCACAGAAAAUGAGAUUAUGUAUUGCGUGUAUUAUGUUAUAUCUCUGUCAAUUGAAAACAUGAACAUGAAAU